AUGCACCGUCGCUGGCCGCGGGUCCCAGAGACGAGCAGGAGAGGCAUUUCCAAGAGUUCUUGCGCUAUGCGGCCACGUUCCUCGGCAACAUGGGUAACUAUUAUGUACGAUUUCCCGCCGCGCUGGUCGGAUAUGAUAACUCACCGAGUCAUUCUUGAUUUACAGGGCGAAGGGGAUCAAAAUUUCGUCCCCGAUGUCCCAGAGUCAUUCUUACAUGCAAUAUGCGCCGUCUCUCCCGCGGCACUCGAUCUUUGCAAACAGUGUGGCCCUGCAAUCUGCGCAUCGACUCCUAGCCACCUUGGCUAUCCGAGCCGCAUCGCCCAGAGUUCCUAUUAUGUUGGCCAGGUCCAAAUCACCCGCGAGGAGAUAGACCAGCUGGCGCCGCUCUUGGUCAAGGCGAAUAUCCGACCGCGCCACAGCCGCGUCUGUAAGGAUCUCGACGAGACUGGCGCUCAUGUAGUGUUCAAUAUCCUGCAAGCUUCGGUUGACAAGAGUGACAGUCCUGAGCCGCUCGGCACGCUUAGCAAUGGCGCGCCUGUGACAUCAACGAAGGGAGACCAUUCCCUCGAGCUUGACAAGAUCAACACCCAUCUGAGGGCGGCGCGACAAGUCACUGACCACCCGCUGCGCGUCGAGUUCUUGAGUUAUUAUGAAAGAUACUUCCAGACCGGAGACAUGGGACUCUUCGACAAUGCCCAGCGCGUCUGGAUGAAAGACAAGCAGCCGCGGGUGGAGACUUUCUUCGGCUUCAACCACAAGUACAGGGAUCCCGCCGGGGCACGGGCUGAGUUCCAGGGCUUCGUGGGCCUGCUGGACAGUGAUGGCUCACGGGAAUUGAACGCGCUCCAGCAAGAUGCGCAAAAAUACAUUGCCACGUUGCCUUGGGUGGAUGGCUUGCAGGGGCAGGGCGGUGCCAACGGACCCUUCGAGAUGGACGAAUUCCAGGCCCCAGAUUUCAAUGCAGUAUACGCUCUCGCGUACGCCGCCACCAACAUCUUCACUGGUCUCAGCAUGCCUGCGUUCUGUGAUAAUUGGAUAGACUACGCAUGGAAAAACUUGAUGGUGAAGACUCGCGAUCAGGCUCUGCGAGUCGGCGAGCUGUCCCAGGGAGAACCGGCGUGGUUUAUCGCAGAGGCAGAGCGUACCACGUACCUCCAACAUGUGGAUCAAUCGGUGACGUUUAAAGUCGCUCUGCACGAGCUCUUCGGGCACGGCACGGGCAAGCUUCUCUCGCAACUCGGGCCCGACGAGUACAACUUUGACAUUAAGAACCCGCCGAUGAACCCGCUGACGGGGACGCCAAUCACGAGCUGGUAUAGUCAGGAGCAGCGCACGAGCUCGGUCUUUGGCGAGAUGGAUAUGAGUUUGGAAGAAUGCCGCGCAGAGGCGAUUGCCGCGUAUCUUGCAUUUGACAAAGGGAUCCUCUCGACAAUGGGCUACUCGGAUAGCAGUGACAUCACUGCAGACGACUGUAGGUUCUCCAUCUGGCAAGAACAGAAGGAGAGAAAAGCAGCAGUGAUUAAAUGGACCUCCGCCCAUGACCGAGCUCGCUUCGGCAUCCUUCGCACUUUGAUGGCUGCCGACAAUUUCAUGAGAGUGGUGUAUGAGGAGGACCCACCGCUGCUAACCGUGCACAUUGACCGAGCACGUCUCGAAAGUAUUGCACGUCCUGCCAUCUCGACGCUCAUGACCAAGCUCCAUGUCUGGCGGUGCAGCGCGGACGGCCCCGCGGCCACCGACUUUUACGGCCAGCUGACCGAGGUCGACGGAGUCUGGUUACGAAUUCGCGAAGUCGUGGUUGACCGAGUGAAGAAUCAGGCGCCGCGCCUCUUCGUCCAGGCCAAUACGAUCCUGGAGGAGGGCACAAUAGAUUCAGAUACUGGUCCUCGAGUGAGAGUUGUGGAGUACGAUACCACGGUUGAGGGGGUUAUCCAGAGCUGGUGUGAAAGGGAGGUUUAA